AUUGCCCACACGUUUGCUCCCUCCGAUGUCCGCUCGUGAACGCGGCGGCUCCGAUCCCUAUAAAUCUUUGCGCAUGCCGAACGCUACUGGCACCAAGCCAAGAGCUCUCAAGCAUCAUCCCCUCAUCCUGUGCUGCUGCUCGGGGGGAGAGGAAGAGCGAAACAGAGACACACGGACGCAGAUCGAGACAGAGAGAGAGAGAUAAGAAAGACGAUCAUGCCAGCGGCGGCGAGGUCGAUUGUGAUGGCGGGGAAGAAGACCCGGAAGCCGUACACCAUCACCAGGCCGCGGGAGAGGUGGGCCGCCGACGAGCACGACCGGUUCCUCCACGCCUUGGUGCUGUUCGGCCGCGAUUGGAAGAGGAUUGAGGCCUUCGUCGCCACCAAGACCUCCACGCAGAUACGCAGCCACGCCCAGAAGCACUUCCUCAAGGCGCAGAAGCUUGGCAUCACGCCGCCGCCGCCGCACCCUCGCCUCGCCGCGGUCCUUGCUCAGCCACCCGUCAGCUGCCCGCCGGCGUGGUUUCCUGGCGACGCCAUGGCGCGAAGCGACGAGACGCUGAUUCAGCUCCCGUUGUCUCCGGAUGAACUGUACUUCGCUCAGGUGUACAGGUUCGUUGGCGACAUCUUCGGCUCUGACGCGCCGCAGCCGGUCGAGACACAGCUGCAGAGGCUGGUCGGCGCGGACCCUGUCAUUGUGGACACCAUCUUGCGGGUCCUAGGAAACCUCGAAGAAAACCUGUCUCUUUGGGACGUGUGAACGGGACACUCAUUACCCUUAAUACCGGUUGGUUUUUUUACCCUGUACUAAUGUGAGUAUUAGUACCGACGGCUAGUUCUUUC